AAAAGGUGCUUUGGACGGCUGUCUGGCUGGCUGUUGUGGGCCUUGUCACUGCUCCAGACACUCUCGCACGCAUACUACACGCUUUGGCUUUUGUUGGUGGUUUGCACGACGCUGUUUACUUGUUUACACACGCUCUUACGUCCCCACGCUCGAACGCUCCCACGCUCGCACGCCGCAUCACUAUGGUUCAAUUGCUGGGGAAAGAGGUCGGGGCGACGGGCUUUGGGCUCAUGGGCCUCACAUGGCGGCCCAACCCGCCCCCGAACGAGCAAGCGUUCAAAGCGAUGAAGGCGGCACUAGCGCAGGGCGGGCACUUCUGGAACGGCGGCGAGCUGUACGGCACGCCGGAGCGCAACUCGCUGCACCUGCUGCGCGAGUACUUUGACGCGCACCCGGCCGACGCGGACAAGGUGGUGCUGUCGAUCAAGGGCGGGCUGGUGCGCGGCGGCCUGGCGCCCGACGGCUCGCGCGACAAUGUCCACCGCAGCAUCAACGAGUGCUUGCGCGUGCUGGACGGCAAGAAGGCCCUCGACUUGUUCGAGUGCGCCCGCGUCGACCCCAACGUCCCCGUCGAGGACACUAUCGGCUAUAUUGCGGAGUUUGUCAAGGCUGGCAAGCUGGGCGGCAUUGCCUUGUCGGAGGUUAGUGCUAGUACUAUCAGGCGCGCGGCCAAGGUGCACCCGAUCGCUGCUGUCGAGGUCGAGUUCUCCCUGUACACGACGGACAUUCUGGAGAACGGGAUCGCGCAGGCGUGCGCCGAGCUCAACAUCCCCAUAGUGGCGUACUCGCCGCUGGGGCGGGGAUUCCUGACGGGCCAGAUCCGCAAGCUCGAGGACAUCCCCGAAGGCGACUUCCGCCGGCUGACGCCGCGCUUCCAGCCCGACUGCUUCGACGAGAACCUCAAGCUGGCCGACGAGGUCGCGGCCAUUGCGCAGCGCAAGGGGUGCACGACGGCGCAGGUGGCGCUGGCGUGGGUGCGCAAGCACAGCCGCAGAGACGGCUUGCCUGCCAUCAUCCCCAUCCCGGGUGCCACGACCGAGGAGCGCGUCGUCGAGAACUUGACGGAGGUCGACCUGUCCGAGGAGGAUAUGGCUGCUCUGGGCGAGAUUUUGAAGCGCGUCACCGUCAAGGGCGACCGCUAUCACAAGGAGGGCAUGGCGCACGUCAAUGGGUAGAUGGAGAGAUCUAAUGAGCAACGCGUUAGUUUGGGUUUAGACACUGCUGAGUGCAGAGGCGUGAUGCAGUAGUGACAGGCAAGGUCAGGUUAAGUUGUGUUAGAAUUAAUCAACAUUCGGGAGCAACGCAGAGCGCGACAUCCUUCAGGAUUGCAGAAUUCUAUUUUGUUCAUCACAAGCGAGGGGAAUUGGAAUUGGAAGAAAUGGAAGAAGUGGC